CUUUUCCAGGUGUACAGUAAUCAAGACGAUGCAAAUUGUAUCCCGCUUUGUUUAGGAAGCGACUUGAAAGGAAGGAGCUGCCUCACAAUGUGGCAGGAACUGACCGCCCUGGAAGUUGCUGUUGGAAAGCCUCAGCGUUAACGAGGAGUUCACUAUGUGGCUGUGUGUGUUUGUGUAGUGUAGUGUAGUGUAGUGUAGUGGCAGCGACACCACUGGCUCCGUUAUGGAGGCGGAUCGGUCCGCAGGAGGAGCGGGCGGGUUGAACCCGAACCGCAGCGCCAAUGGUUCUGCUCGGAACCCGAACGGUCCCAAGACUUCGCCAGUGGGAUUAGGAGCGAUGGCCGCGUCUGCUCAGACUCCAGAGAUCCAGGAGGGCGAACCGGGCCCGUCUCUGCAAGGGAUUUUGCACUUCAUCCAGUUCGAGUGGAGCCGUUUUCAGUCUGAAAAAUACCGAUGGGAGGCCGAGAGAGACGAGCUGAGGGCCCAGGUGGCUUUCUUGCAAGGCGAGAGGACGGGGCAGGAGAAUGUGAAGCAAGACCUGGUGGGCAGGAUCAAGAUGCUGGAGUAUGCACUCAAACAGGAGAGAACGAAGCAGCAGAAACUGAAAUCGAGGAACGAACCGGACCAGGGCGAGAAGACACCGGAGGCGGGACCAGAACUAGAACAAGUGCCCAAUGGGCCGGCAGAGUCGCAGUCCGAGCAGGGAAAUCAGAUGACCUGGAAGGAAGGACGGCAGCUUUUACGCAAGUACCUAGAGGAAGUGGGAUACUCUGACACUAUCCUAGACAUGCGCUCCAAGAGAGUGCGCUCCCUUCUGGGGCGGAGCAGCCCAGAGGUGAAUGGCUCGGCUCUGCGACCUGGCCAGUCAGAAGAGGAGCCCCAGGCAGGGGGCGGGGUCGUGGGCGGAGAGUCUCUCCUGGUCAAGCAAAUCGAGGAGCAGAUUAAGAGGAAUGCUGGGAAGGAGUCAAAGGACCGGAUCACCAGCUCUGUCAUGGACAAGAUCCCCUUCCUGCAGGACUGUCAGGAGGAGGAUGACAGCGAUGAAGAAGAAGUCUUCCAGGGCAUCUCCACAGACUGCCUCGACAGGUCCCGGCAGCACAAGAAAUCCAGAGCCAAGAUUGGAGCAGAGCCCCAGGGAGCGGAGGUGGAGCUGGAGGAUGACGAGGAGGAUGAAGACGACUCCGAAGAUGCCCUGAGCGAGUUUGACUUCCUGGGGUCGGGGGAGGACGGAGAAGGGGCCGCUGAGGCUCGCAUCUCCGGAGAUGGCAGAGAGCUCGAAAAGCGAUGGAAUAAACUGCAGGGCAUGCUGUCUGAUUACAGAGAUGUGGACGGGCUGUCUCCCAUUCCUUCAACAGGGCCUGGCCAGUCUCGCGCGAACGAAGGGGGCGCUCUGGGCUUCUCCACAGAUGUCUUCAUCCUGGACACUGUGGGGGGCGGAGACAUGAAUCUGGGGGAGCUUGCUGACCUCACUGUCGCCAAUGACAACGACCUCACCAUUGAUCUGCAGGACAGCCGGGAGGAGUUCAAAAAGACAUGGAAUGCGCGAUUCACGCUGCGCAGCCACUUCGAUGGGAUCAGGGGUCUAGCCUUCCACCCCAGCCAGGCUGUGCUGCUCUCUGCAGCUGAGGACGGGACCCUCAAACUGUGGAACCUGAACAAGGCAAUCUCCUCCAAGAAGAACACAGCUGUGGAUGUGGAACCCAUCUAUACCUUCAGAGCGCACAGUGGUGCCGUGCUGUCCCUGGUGAUGGGAGACAGUGGAGAUUGCUGCUACAGUGGGGGUCUGGAUGGGAGUGUGCGCUGCUGGAAGAUCCCUGACUUCAACACUGACCCUUACGAUAACUAUGACCCCAGCAUUGAGAGCAGCGUGCUGGCUGGUCACAUGGACGCAGUGUGGGGCCUGGCCUUCUCCCCGGCUCAGCGCCGCCUGGCGUCCUGCUCCGCUGACGGGACCAUCCGCAUUUGGGAUACCUCCAAGACCCCCGCCUGCCUCAGUGUCUUCAACAAGGACAAGGAGCAUGGGAUCCCUACCUCAGUGGCCUUUGUGAACUCUGACCCCACACAGGGCGUGGUGUCUUACAGAGGGGGUGAGACGUUGCUGUAUGACUUCAACACUGAGCAGAGCAUCCUGGAACUGGAGACCAAGAGCAAGGAGGGCAGCGCUCUCAUUAACCAGGUGCUGAGUCACCCUUCCCUGCCCGUCUCCAUCACUGCUCAUGAGAACCGCCACAUUCGAUUCCUGGACAAUAAAAGCGGUAAAGUAAUCCAUUCUAUGGUGGCUCACCUGGAUGCUGUCACCUGUCUGGCCGCUGACCCCAAAGGUGCUUACCUCGUCUCUGGCAGUCAUGACUGCUCGGUCCGGCUGUGGAUGCUGGACAGCUGGACUUGUGUCCAGGAGAUCACGGCUCACCGCAAGAAACACGACGAGGCGAUCCACGACGUGGCAUUCCACCCGAGCCAGCCCUACAUCGCCAGCGGGGGUGCCGACGCGCUCGCCAAGAUCUUCGUCUGACAUUCUCGCCCAGACCCUAGCCCGGAUGAGAGCCGCGUGCCUCUUGGCACUCGCACACGCAGCCACUGAGAGGCGGAGCUGAAGCUGAGUGAACAUGAAGCUGCUUUGUGGCUUGGAACUCAGUUGGAGACGGAUGCAGAAAAGUCUUCCAGUCUUUUCAAUAUUGCCUCAUAUGACAGUGCAAUUUUCCUCUCCAUUAUAAAGCAAUGGGGAAUUUUUAUUUUAUAAAAUGUAUUGUCCAGAACUGCUUUUGUUCAGCUAUUUUCAACAUUUCGGCAUGGUUAAGCAGCUUGUCCCAGUGUAUGUGUGAUAUGUUAGUUUCAAGCAUGUUCCCAUGGCUGUUGCAUCAGCCCGUUUUAUAUGUUGUACCCCCAUUUCAUUGUGCUUUCAGGCUGAUGUCCUCUCCUCUUCAGGACUUGAACCCAGGCUCUUGCGUGCACAGUGUAGCACUCGGCUCACAAGCAGAACGAACCACAUCAGGGCAGGUUGGUCUACCAAACCAACAUCACAGCGCUGCAUUUCAAUUGUAUGAAUAAAGCAAAUCAAGCUUUGGCUCUAGCAUCCACUUCAGAGCAGCACUGCAGUGUUAAAUCUCUCAUCUGCUGCCUUUCACACUAAACUAAACCUCCCGGUAUUGACUGAGAGCUGCACACCACAGUCUCUGCGAGAGGCUAUUGAUAAGGGACCAACGUCGAUAUGGACCUCUUCCAUAUGAUAAACCAUGUGAAGUGAUCAAAGUCACUCGUCUGUUUGAAUUACAUGUGUGGCCAAAGGUGUUGCAUCACCUGGAAAUUUAGGAUUGAGAAGAAAAAAACUAUAUAGACAUGGGUUUUCUAACAUCAUGUAAUCAAAAAAAAACUACACAAUGACAUCACAAAAGCUGACCUGCAGCCAUAAUUGUAGUACAGUAUUUCAUUUCAAAAUGUCACAUUUAUCAAUUUUGGAAAGAAUACAAAGGUUGUAUAACUCAAUAUGGUAAUGUAACAAAUUUCUGCAGGUUUCAUUAGAAAAUAAGUUAAUUCUACAGGGUGGUGCAAAACUUUUGGCAAUAGCUGUAUGUUUAAACAUCCAACUUCCUUUUAAAAGGCUUGGAUGAUCAAGUCAGACACACAGCUAGUAUUUGCAUUGUUUGGGGUUGAGGCUCAAUUUGUUAAUUCCAGCCUGUCCAUUCGUGUCUUGGUUGCUAUCAAGCCCACGUACAAUGUGUCCUAAUACAUGUAAUAAACAUAUGGUGGAUUAGGGUGGCGCUAUUAAGAUCAGGUGGAUCAUAAUAUAAUAAAUGUGACUUUGAUCAUUUUACAUGUGUGCUGUUUGUAUGUGUGUAGAGUGGCUAUAAAGUCCCACUUCCGAUAUGGAAAAGAUUCAGUCCAAAAUAAUCAAUAAUAAUUUAAAAAUAAUAAAAAAAAUAAUAAAGAAAUAAUUUAUAGUUAUUGUACACAAUGUAGUUAUUUUAGUUAAUUUGGAAAAGGCAUUCUGUAAAAUGGCUCAAAUAGGGCAAUGAGUUAGUUCUGUUGAGUACUGGCGCCAUUGUGCAAUUCUGCUAUUGUCUGGUCAGUGAAAGUCAUGAUCAAUAUUUAGUGUUCCACAAUCAUGAUCAGGUUUACAUUAUUGAUCCUUGAUGCUAGAUGCAUCUUUCCAUGCCAUAGUUAUAACUGUUUGUGGAUUACGUUGUGAAAAAGCGGAUCAUGCUUUAGGGUGUGUUUGUUUCAGGGUUAUCGCAGAUUUCACGAUUUCAGUGAUAUGUACCCGUUACCGUGUAAUAUGUAGUUCCCUGUGAAAAUUCCCAUUUCAGAAAGAGUAGUGUAAAUAUACAUAUUUAUCACU